AUGAAUGAAAUCCUCAACCACUCCGCCGCCAACGACAUAUGGCAUGGCGAGCUGCUGGACAGCCCCCUCUGCCACAAAUGUCUCGAUCUCCAUGAUAACCAUGCAUGUACUACUCCUCUUUCCAAACCUUUUUUGGACGCGGGAGACGCUUUGUCCCUCCCCCCUCGAUCCAUCAAAUCUCGUAUCACGGGAGACCUUUCCAUCCACGACUACCACAAGUUCCUCUCCAAGGCUGCAGACCGCAUUGGCGAUCCCGUCGAUCAGACAGGAAAGAAAUUGAAGCGAAAAACUGCUGCGUUGCAUUUGAACCGCCCGUCUCCUCUUUCCAUCUCUUAUCCUGUAUCUAUAUCGUCCGUGGCUUCGAGUCCUCCGCCGCUGUCUCCUUCCUGCUCGCAAAGCAUUGUCUCUCAUUGGAGUGAGGAGCCUGAGAUCGGGGAAGCCCAGACUGUUCAGUACCGAUCUACACAAAGCCCUGGACUCCCCGUUGUCUCAGAUCUCGGCAAUCGUGCUAGACCUAACAGGAAACGAUUGUCCAAGAAUACCUUUAGGGAAAAGCUUCAGCAAAAGGCCCAAGCUCACGCUCAAGCGGAAGAAGAAACAGAAACAGAACCUGAGUCUGCCUCCACACCUCAACCCUCGGACUCAAUGCUGGCCAGUACGCAGGCCGUUGCCACCGUCUCACACGGUGGCGCCUGCUUUGAGAUCCUAAAUCCGCGCAAGUCGCUGGAUCUAGCACGCAUCGUCUCAUACAUUGAAGACGUCGAUAAUUGCUCCGUCUCCACAGACAAUACCCGAGACUCGACUUUCUCCAUCGAGCAAGGACUGGACCGGGUGUCCCUGUCCCAAUUCACCGAUGCCUCAUUGCCAUCAUUCUAUUCUAGUAAUUCGUUGUACACCUCUAUCUCACCCGAUCCCUCUACACCUAAAGGUCAGCCGGCGGAUAUCGCCUCGCCGCGAGUCGGCGAACGCGUCCGGUCUCUAUCAGACUAUUCCGUCAAUGAGCAAAGCUUCAACUACUGGAGCCGACCUGCACAGAGCACUGACAACAACGAAGUACACUUCGAGACUCACGACCACCCAAGCAGCGGUAGAGAUGGCCCACAAUCACCACCCAUGGCUCCCAUUACGGAAGAAACCAGCCUUCCAAAUCUAGAUUUCUCUCGUCGGCCCUCCACCCCAUCCACGCAGACUUUCUAUUCAGAAAGUGAGAUUGGCGAGCCGGGCUCACCCGUCUACGCAAACGGUGAUUGGGCUCAAGUCGACGAGCGCGACAGGGGCAUCCUAUUCGACGUACGGGAAGACGAAACAACACCCGACCACUACCACGACUAUUCAUCCUCACAAGAACAUCAAGACCUGCCAACACCCCGCGAACCGCAUCUGGAGACACCAAGUGGUUCACCCAUGCACUCGCACAUGUACUCCUCCUUCGACUCCGCCUACCCCUAUCCAACCUCCAUCUCCACUAAACCCCCUUACUCUGGCUCCUUCGAUCCCUUCACCUACGACCCGGUGUACCUCGACCCACACGUUCAGUCCGUCCUCGCAGCCGCGAACGCAGAGACGAUGGGGUUACGGGGCAGUCCUGCACGCGCACUGGAUGAGCUGCAGCGAGGGGCGCGGACUGGCGCAACCAGUCCGCGAUUCGAGUUCCACCGGAGAAAGAGUGAUGAGCGGAAGACCCAGAAGAAAAGGCUGCGGAAGUUCUUUGGUUGGAAAUCUGGGCAUUAG